AACGGAACAGUUAACAAGCCGGGGAGUUUCCUGGGCUGGGAAGUACUACUUUAUGUAUAGCACCUGUUGUGCCGUCAGUUGGCAGUCUCCAAAAACCGAGCCCCGGCCGACCAGCAAUAAUUUAUCCCAGUCUCCACCAAGUUAUGACUCAAGACCUCCCCAGACAACAGAACUCGUCUCGGUGUCGCAAAUGUUUCUGGGCACAGACUAUCAGAUUGCUCGCCUCUUUCGUUGUCUCUCUGCGUGUGAGCCUUUGCUAUAAUGCGUAAAGAUCUGUGAGGAUUUAUUCAGACGGAGUCGAGAACGCACCGUGGACGCGCGCUUUAGUCAAAAUGCAUCUGUGCGUUUCUAAUGAUCUUGCAUCAUAGAUUAUAUGCAUGUAUAAGGACGUUUUUACUACCAGUUCUAGGAAUAUAAGUACUUAAACCCAAACUUUGUCCAACAGAGUAUCCAUCCAACAGGUGCGCACUUGCACUGCGCAGCAGCGGCACAGUGAGAGCUCUGGAUUUGUGCAGAGUUAAAAAUUCACUUUCUCCAGAAGGACUGAUGAUUAAGAGUAUGUGGAUUCUACUCUGCGUUUACCCUCUCCAAAUGUGUCCAAAACAACACUUGUCUCCUGUAAACGACGCGCGUGUGUGGUGAUACAAACGACCCCGUCUACAGCGCUUUGUGAUCGCCCACCACUACUCAUCCAAAUGAUCCUUCCAUUAAUAUUCCUUCUUGCAUCGCUUCUCCAACAAUAUGGCUCGGAAGCUGAAUCAACUCUCGCCAGCAAAGUUCAACUUCCAGUUGUGAAGGAGCAAAACGGAGUGCAUGAUUCCCAUCAGGAGAAGCUCAUAACAGUGUCUGCAGAAGGAAUGGUCCACAGUCCAGACUUUCCACACACAUAUCCCAGGAAUAUUGUGUUAGUCUGGAGACUAGUGGCACCCAGCAACAUGAGGAUCCAGCUCACCUUUGAUGAGAGGUUUGGUCUGGAGGACCCUGAAGAUGACAUAUGCAAGUAUGACUUUGUGGAGAUAGAGGAUCUGACUGAGAAGACCAUCCUGGGUCGCUGGUGUGGGUCAGAGUCAGUACCCACUAGUCACACUUCCAAAGGCAGUCAAGUCAGGGUUCGUUUCGUCUCUGAUGAAUACUUUCCCUCCGAGCCAGGAUUCUGCAUCCACUACUCCCUUCUGCCUGUGAGUGUAUCAGAGCCUGACAUUCCUGCAGCGGUUCCUCCAACACUGCAGGGUGUUGAGGAGUUGUCAGAAGUUGUGGCAGGGCUGAGCACAGUGGAGGAGGUCAUGAAAUACUUGGAGCCAGAACGAUGGCAGCUGGAUAUGGAGGAGUUAUACAAACCUACGUGGCAUGUGCUAGGGAAAUCCUUCAUCCACAACAAGAAAGCCAGAGGAGGAGCUGAUCUCAAUCUGUUGAGGGAAGAAGUUCGACUAUACAGCUGCUCUCCACGUAACUUCUCUGUAUCUUUGCGUGAGGAGCUAAAAAGAACAGAUGCCAUUUUCUGGCCCAGCUGCCUCCUGGUGAAGCGCUGUGGUGGAAACUGUGCUUGCUGCUCUCACCGCUGCUACGACUGCCAGUGUGUUCCCACCAGGGUCACAAAGAAAUACCAUGAGGUUCUGCUGUUGAAACAUCGCAGUGGGGGAAGAGGCCUGCAGAAGUCCUUGUCUGAUGUUCCCUUGGAGCACCAUGAGGAGUGUGCCUGUGUGUGUAAAGACGACUAGGACUGACCUCUGAUGUCUAAUAGCUGCCACUGGAAUCGCACAGGACUUUGGAAAUGAACAUUUGCCGCUGCUGCAAAGUUCUGUAUCUCAUCCCCUCCCACUGGGAGCCAACAAGAUUCUCCCUUUAUCCUGUUGUCCUUUUCUAAUUGGAUGGAGCAGAACAGACUGGAAUCUAAUAAAUCUUCUGAAUGGAUUUGACUGCUGUGGAAUAUCAAUACUGUGCUCUUAGUACAUUUAAAGAGACAAAAAUUCACUGGAGCCGAUCUGGACUAUUACCUUUGUGCUCUGAAGACUAUUUUCUUCAGCUCUGCAGAGAUAAGAAUGUUGAGGCCUUUUGUCUGUUCUUCUUAAGGUCUUUUUUAAAGUUGUCCCAGAGUGGGCUGAUAAUGUCAUAGAAAAUGGGAGCUUCUUUGUUCAUGUAUUUCUUUAUGUCUAUUAGUGAGCUGGCUCCAGCCGCCUUACUCCCUCUGCUCCUCUAUUAUUACAUUCAAGGCAAAGGAAGGUGUUUUUAUUAGCACUUCUACCUUUCUCUUCUCUUGUUUUACCACAAAUGUAAUGUGUGGUGAAAUGCAGCCACUGUAUCACCAAAAUGCCAUGAGAAUGAGACUCUAUUAUGUGUAAAUAAUUCAUUUGCUUUUCUGUAUUAUUGUGUCUUUUCUACCAAAGAUUCUCAUGGAAAAGAUAAAAGUUGCACAUGUAGAACCAGCUGGGUGCUGUUCGUUACAGCUCUGCAUUAAACCCGUUUCAACAUUAAAGUUACAAGCCUGUUUGCUUCAGGAAUACCUAGCAUCAAGCAAAUCUUCCUGCAUUUUAAACUGUUCAUAAUAAAUAUUUAUUUGCUUAAAAAAGGGAAUUUUUGGUCCAAAUUGUCUUGUUUACAACAUAUGUCAUUUUGCUGUAGUAUUAGUCUGCAUUUCCACUGUUAGUCAUUUUUUUCACCAUGUCAUGGAUGUGUUUCAUUUUCUGUAUGCCAAAGCUAUUUAUCUCUACUUUU